AUGGUUUUUUCUUACGAGCAUUAUAUGAAUCUCCUUUUCCAUUUGGAUAAUAGUAAAGAAACAGUGCCUCCAGAGAUUGCGAAAAGGAUAGUUUCUAAUGCUAUAGCUCCCGUGAUAACAGUAACUUCAACUCCACUAUUCGACAAACACAUUCAAGAAGCGUACAAAGUUGAUUCUCUCUAUAUGCUGCUACGAUUUUUUGGUGGUUGUGUUUCCGAUAGAGAUCAAGCAAACGAAGUAAAAGUUGGACAAGAUGAACAUCAGGUAGGUGAUACAAACGCCUCAAUGGAAUCGUUUUCCAAAAGUAAGAAUUUAGAAGUUCCUAAUUUACCAAAGAAAGGGAGCCGCAGCAGGUCGAAUAGUCUUUUUCAAAGGGAUUCGACCCAGUCCCAGUAUAUCAGAUUUACAAGACCGUUAGACGAUCUGAUUGAAACCAGAGACACGAACGAUAUGCUGUUUAAUUACCAUUCCUUGGAGGUGUUCUUGGAUAAUUACUUGAAGUUGGUUGCGGAUAAUACUGAUGAAAUGGUACCCCAUGACCUCCUUAAGAAGUCGAUUUACCAUAGUUUUUUUUCGCUAGCAAUUUCUUCCACUAAUAACUUAUCACCAUAUGAAACGUUUAACCAUCCUAUUCUUUCCUUAAUUGCUUUAGAUAUAUCAAAUGGGGAAGUGUAUGAGGAUGCAAGAGAUCUGUUAGUCAACUUCAAGAAUCUAAAUCAUAAUACCGAAAACUUUCCUCUUUUCAUGAAUACAAACGAAAUGCUUCCAGUUUUCUUACUCUGCUAUAACGAUGAAUCCCAAGAAGAAUUCGAAAAAUGCCAAGCUUUGGCAAAGAAGCUAAAAAAACAGUUGUUUGUCGAGAGUGUUUUAUUAUCCCUUUGGAAAGAUUCUUUCAUUGAAGCCAAUAACUCUGCCAUACAGUUACAUCAACCAGUCAUGUCAUCACUUGAAGAAAUUCUUUUUUUUCUUCAAGCUCCAACUCAAACAUCUCUUUCUUUACCUUUGAUAAAUUCCAUCUAUGAUAUGCUUGAUUAUCUCGUUUAUGAUUUGAUGAUACCAUUCAUGAAGAGAAAAGUUUCGUUCUGGGAAGAGACGAUCUUACAACCAAGAAAGUCGCUAUUUAACGGUGCAAAAUUUUUCAAAAAGUUCAUGAAUAAAAAUCCUAGCAAUGGCAAUCAUCAUCACAAUUCUCUAACGAGUGAUAACCAAGGUAAUGAAUAUUUUGCAUCUUCAUCUUCUGAAUUCUUGAUGAGGAAAUUAGCAGAUUGGUCUAUGAUGCUAUCCGACUUUAAAACUGCUUAUUCUACUUAUGAGUCACUUAUGGAUGAUCUAGAUGCUUUCCCCAAAUAUCUGGCUUCUUGCAUCGAAUGGUGUGCAGUAUCAUUACUGAUGGGUGCACAGAGGAUAGUCACAGUGAAGAUGAUCAAAAAUGAUAUAAAUCCACUCAUCGAAAAAGCUCUAGCCACAUACGAAAACUGCUCCAAAAUACAGCGCAGUAAAAGCGAAAAAUCAUCGUCUUCAAAUACUGUAGAACCAGUGCGUUCAUAUGAGACACGUUGUAUGAUUUUGGCAUCCGAAUUAUUUUUAUCCUUAAGCGAUAAAUGGACAUCUACACCCUACGCUAUUCAAUAUUUGGAAACAAUUCUCGAUGAAUGCAAAUUGGGGCCCUGCUGCCAAAUUAUGAUUUGGGAGAGACUUAGUGACUGCUAUAGUUUGAGAGUUGACCCUAGAAUCAAACAUAGAGUUGGUGCGAUGAAAAAGGGCAUUAGGGACACUGAAGACCUCCGAGGUGGCGACGGAAACUCCACAGAUCAUUUCACAGACGAUGACAUAUUAUCGGAGGGAUUAACAAGGAAACGCAAAGCGGCUUUUUUUAGGUUAAUAGCGGCUAGGAAAUGGGCAGAACAAAAACAAUGGAGACAGGUUUCCUGGUGCUUAAAAGAUAUCGAAAGCAUCUAUUCGGAUAUCAAAUUUCUAAAUGGUGACGGUUUGAUUUUAAGUAAGUUGCAUAAUCAACUCAAUUUAAAGGAUUUAAAUUCUGCACCGAGUCCCACCGAAAAGAAUCCUACAAUGACAAGCGUUAGUUUUAUUGGAUGA